AUGGUUUUCGCUUCUGCAAAUCAAGACACCGACACUCGCCGAAGGCCGAUUACGACAAAUAUAGAUGACGAAGACAUCUAUUCGACUUUGAAAGGAAACUUGACUCACUUGGUAUGGGAGGCCGGAAGUACUCAAGUCAAGCAGGCCUUCGUAACUUGGACGAGCAUUGAUCUUUUUCGUCCUUACUUCGAUACCGAUGUAGUUCAGGUUUCGCGAAGAUUUUUGUUUUCGUUCAUUCCACAAAAACCGGAAUAUUUUAAAAAGGUGAUACCGGGAAAUGAACUUUAUGGCCCACUGAUGCUCGUCUUUACAUUAGUCAUUUUGCUGCAUUUCAGCAUGAAAACAAGUGGAUAUCAGUUGGUUAGCGUCAUGAAUUCAUCCGUACAUGUGUAA